GUGUUGAACGCGCAUCAGCAGGGGGCGUGGUUAAGAAGUGACAUGGCCGCCUCCUUUUACAGACUGUCGUAGUCUUUCUCCGGUUACUUGUAUAUUAAAUUAGUUUAGUUUUACUUAAAUUCCGUCCAUAUUCAAUAGGACAGCGUCCCGUGGAGCUCAACAUGGGCACCGUUCACGCCCGGAGCCUGGAUCCUCUGCCCAUGCAAGGGCCAGAGCUUGGAGUUCAACCAGACGACAUAGAGGCUGCAGAGUUUGAACAGGAGCCUAAACAAGAAGUUCUUGAAAACAAAGAUGUUGUGGUUCAACGAGUGCACAUAGACGGCCUCGGAAGAACCAAAGAGGACUUGUUGACGUACGAAAUUGCAGAAGUUUUCCGGGCAAAAAACUUGAUUGAUGUCAUGCGGAAGUCUCAUGAAGCUCGACAGAAGCUGCUGCGCCUUGGUAUUUUCAGAAAAGUGGAAGUUGUUAUUGACACUUCUCGAGGUGAGGAUGCUCUUCCUAACGGCCUUGAUGUGACCUUUGAGGUCAUUGAGCUGAGACGAUUAACAGGCAGCUACAAUACGAUGGUUGGAAACAAUGAAGGGAGCAUGGUACUGGGGCUAAAGUUACCUAAUGCACUUGGUCGUGCAGAGAAGCUCAACUUUCAGUUCUCCUAUGGCACCAAAGAGACAUCCUAUGGCUUGUCCUUCUUCAAACCCCAACCUGGCCACUUUGAACGCAAUAUCACACUCAACCUGUACAAGGUAACAGGUCAAUUUCCGUGGAGUUCACUGAGGGAGACAGAUCGAGGCGUCUCUGCAGAACUAAGUUUCCCAGUGUGGAAGACCAAUCAAACACUGAAGUGGGAGGGAGUUUGGAGAGAGCUGAGCUGUUUGGCUCGCACUGCAUCUUUUGCCAUCCGCGAGGAGAGUGGCCAUUCCCUUAAGUCCUCACUUUCGCACGCUAUGGUCAUUGACACCAGGAAUUCCUCCAUUCUUCCCAGGAAAGGUGGCUUACUAAAGAUCCACCAGGAACUUGCUGGUUACACUGGGGGAGACGUCAGUUUCCUGAAGGAGGACUUUGAGAUCCAGCUCAACAAAUCACUCUUCUGGGACUCUGUCCUCUCUGCCUCAAUGUGGGGUGGUUUGCUUCUACCCAUCGGAGAGAAUCCAACAAACGUAGCAGACAGGUUCUACCUAGGUGGCCCCACUAGCAUCAGGGGAUUCAGCAUGUACAGUAUGGGCCCACAGAGUGAAGGUGUGGCAGGUGACUACAUGGGAGGAGAAGCCUACUGGGCUGGAGGCCUUCACCUCUAUACCCCUCUUCCCUUCAGACCAGGCAGAGGGGGCUUUGGUGACCUCUUCAGAACACACUUCUUCCUCAAUGCCGGAAACCUGUGUAACCUCAACUAUGGUGAGGGGCCACAAGCACAUCUGAAGAAACUGGCAGAAUGCAUCCGUUGGUCAUAUGGACUGGGCAUUGUUGUGCGUUUGGGGAACAUUGCCAGGCUGGAGUUGAAUUACUGCAUUCCCAUGGGUGUCCAGAGUGGAGACAGGAUAUGUGACGGGGUCCAGUUUGGAGCAGGAAUCAGAUUCCUGUGAAGCCACUUUUCUUCUGCUUAUGCUUCACCACGUGAUACCAGAAACUUUUUUUAAGGGAAUGAUGCUUGUACAGAAUUUUUGUUGCAAUUUAUUGGCUCAAUAAAAGUGUUGGCACUGA